UUCAUGAAAAGAAUCCCUCAAACUGGCAAGAUAUACUAUACCAUCCAUGGGACAUGUGCGUAAGGAAUGGUCGAGCGUGAUCAAAAGGUUAGGCCCUUAGCAGUGCAGUCGAUAGGAUAUGUCGACUAUUACGAAAACGAGAACGGCAGAGGAUGUGGAGAAUUUAAAUGGACCCACCCGUUUCGAGAGCGUCGUGCCGCAGAAUAGGCAGGAUUUACUAAAGUGGAACGGUUGGGGAUAUAAGGAUUCCGAGUUUCGGGUUAAUAACAAGAAUAUCCUCGAGUUUACCGGUCAUAGAUAUCCCAUUGGCAACCAGGAAUUGCCGUAUUUUACAGAAUGGGUGAAAGACGUUUUAAAUGUGGAUAUAACCGUAAAAAAUAUAUCUCAGCCAAUCCCAACGAACCUGCCAGAUUCGUUUCUAUCAUCGGAACUAUUAGAUGCGAUCCAAGCUUUAAACAUUGAAUAUUCUACAAAAGGUAUCGACCGGCUUAUUAGAGCUCACGGACACACGCUGAGAGAGAUAUUUAAUCUGAGGUACGGAUCAUUCCAGCGGAUACCAGAUGUUGUUAUUUGGCCAAAGUGCCACGAUGAUGUCGUUAAAGUGAUUAAACUGUGUACUCGCUAUGGGGCUGUCUGUUUACCAUUUGGUGGUGGAACAAGCGUCAGCGGUGCCUCAUCUUGCCCGAUAAAUGAGCAGCGAACGAUUAUCUUGCUGGACACUUCCCAAAUGAAUAGAAUAUUAUGGGUAGAUAGGGAAAAUUUAAUCGCCUGCUGUGAGUCUGGAAUUCUUGGUCAGGACCUCGAAAAACAAUUACGGCUUCAAGGAUUAACUUCUGGCCACGAACCCGAUUCUUAUGAAUUCUCUAGCUUAGGAGGAUGGGUGGCGACGAGGGCAAGCGGUAUGAAAAAGAAUCGCUAUGGGAAUAUCGAGGACCUAGUUAUACGAGUGAGGAUGGUUACUGGAAGAACAGAAGAUACUGAAAUAACGUUGGAAAGGGGUAUCAUGGUACCCAGAGCUUCGUGUGGCCCAGACUUUGACCACAUGAUCCUUGGUAGUGAAGGGACCUUGGGUGUCGUCACAGAAGUAGUAAUGAAAAUUAGGCCGUUACCAAAAGUAGUCAAAUAUGGUAGUGUAGUUUUCCCAAAUUUUGAAACCGGUGUAGCAGCAAUGCGUCAGGUAGCUAAAGCACGAUGUCAACCUGCUAGCAUACGCUUGAUGGACAAUGAACAGUUUCAGUUCGGACAGGUGUUGCGACCAGAGAGUGGUUGGGGUAGUUUAAUUUUGCAAGGGUUAAAGCAAGCCUACAUCACCAGGAUAAAAGGUUUUAAGUGGGACCAAAUAUGCGUUGCCACUCUGUUGUUCGAAGGCGAUACAACAGCCGACGUGGCAGCUGGAGAACAAAAGAUUUAUAAAAUCGCGAAAGAACAUAACGGUGUGCCGGCGGGGGAGACAAACGGUGAACGAGGCUACUUGUUAACAUUCGUGAUAGCGUACAUCCGAGAUCUCGGAUUGGAUUACUAUGUUCUGGCAGAGUCGUUUGAAACGUCUGUCUCCUGGAAUCGUACGUUGUCACUCUGUAGAAAUGUGAAGUCGCGCGUGGCCAGGGAGUGUUAUAAGUAUAAAAUCGAACAUUAUUUCAUUUCUUGCCGUGUGACGCAAACUUAUGACGCCGGAUGUUGUAUAUACUUUUAUAUGGCGUUCAAUUAUCAGAGUCUUUUGGAUCCCGUCGAAACAUAUGAAGCCAUUGAGCAUUCUGCUCGCCAGGAGAUACUUGCCAGUGGUGGUUCUUUGUCCCAUCAUCACGGCGUAGGUAAAUUACGUUCCUGUUACUAUGCGGACGCCGUUGGAGAAGUAGGUGUAUCGCUGUAUAGGGCAGCCAAAGCACACUUGGACCCCCAUAACAUUUUCGCAGCUGGAAACUUGGACCCAAAAAGUAUAUCGAAACUGUGAGCCAGUAAACAAUGAAAGGCAUUUAACAAUAGUUUGAAAUUACGACACUCUGGGGAUCAUUUUUAACUCGGGAUAAUCAUAGUUCUUCUUAAAAGGAGACCGGUAAUUAACAAAGACAAUCGGUAUUGUCCAUGGUUUACCGACACGUUUCAAUGGUAUAUAAGUGGUGGUGAAAAAAGAGACUAGUAUUACAAUAUAUAAAUAAACAUGCACCCUGGUGUUAUUUGGUACAAAUACGGAAUUGUAAUUGUAUCGACGUUUUUAUAAGUUAUUAUAAAUAAACAAGACUCGCUUACUUAUAGUACAUAAUCAA